AGUUUCUACUACUAUUCAACUUCCUUUUUCUUUUCCUCUUUCUCGUCUCUUCUCUUGUCUUUGCAAAACUGAAAAAACAAAGCCUUUUUAGCCAAACUUUUCUCUCUCACUUCCUUUUCUGUGCUUUUUAUAUCUUUAUUUUUCUCUUCAAAAGUCAAGCAUGCAGAGAUAGAUGCAUAUAUAAAAGAACAGAAAAAUGCCCUCAAAACUAGGGUUUUGCUUGCUUAAGCUUAAACCAUUCUUUUAGGCUUCUCCUUUUGUAUUUGCAGCAAAGAGUGGUUUAAGAAAGAAACACAGAAAAAAGGUCCCCAUUUUUUUCUUUUUUUUUCUUCUUGGGUAGGGAGAGAAGAGGAAUUUUAAUUGGUACUGUUAUUUAAGGGAAGUAUAGAGAAGAGAAAGGCAAGUAGUAGUAAAGAGCAGCUCAAGUAAAGGUUUUUUUGCUUUCUUUCCUUUCUUCUUCUCUUUCUCUCAAGAGUUAAAAUUAGAGAGGAAGUUGGAGACAUUUGGAUUCGUCCUUGUGUCUCCUCUCCCUCUCAUAAUUUUUCUCACUUUUCUUUUUUCCUUACUACUCCUUUUUCUAUGAUUUUUUAGCUCAAAAGAUACAGUGAAUCUGUGAUAUACAUAAAAUAAACAAAGCUAAGUGCUUUUUGAGACUCUCUUGGUUUGUUUCAUGAAUUUUGGGGGUUUUCUGGAUAAUAAUUCCGGUGGUAGCGGUGCAAGAAUUGUUGCUGAUAUACCAUUUAAUAACAACAGCAACAGCAGCAACAAUAAAAACAACAUGCCCACUGGUGCAAUUUCUCAGCCAAGACUUCUUCCUCAGUCUCUUGCCAAGAACAUGUUCAACUCUCCUGGACUUUCUCUUGCUCUUCAAACAGGCAUGGAAGGGCAAAGUGAGGUAACAAGAAUGGCAGAAAACUACGAGGGAAAUAACAGUAAUGGUAGAAGGAGUAGAGAGGAAGAACCAGACAGUAGAUCUGGAAGUGAUAACUUAGAAGGUGCAUCAGGUGAUGAUCAAGAUGCUACCGACAAACCACCAAGGAAGAAAAGAUACCACCGACACACUCCUCAGCAAAUCCAAGAACUUGAAUCUCUCUUCAAGGAGUGUCCUCAUCCUGAUGAGAAACAAAGGUUGGAGUUAAGCAAAAGGCUUUGCUUGGAGACUAGGCAAGUCAAGUUUUGGUUCCAAAAUCGUAGAACUCAGAUGAAGACUCAACUGGAACGCCAUGAGAAUUCGAUGCUAAGGCAAGAGAAUGAUAAGCUUCGAGCAGAAAACAUGUCUAUAAGAGAGGCAAUGAGAAAUCCAAUUUGCACUAAUUGUGGUGGUCCAGCAAUGAUUGGGGAAAUAUCUCUAGAGGAACAACAUCUUAGGAUGGAAAAUGCAAGGCUGAAAGAUGAAUUAGAUCGAGUUUGUGCACUUGCUGGCAAGUUUUUGGGUCGACCCAUUUCAUCUUUAGUUACAUCUAUGCCUCCACCAGCAAUGCCUAAUUCAAGUUUGGAACUUGGAGUUGGAAGCAAUGGAUUUGGUGGUAUGAGUAAUAACAUACCAACAACACUUCCUUUAGCUCCUCCUGAUUUUGGAGUUGGGGUUUCAAAUUCUAUGGCAGUGGUGGCUUCAAGUAGACAGUCAACUGGAAUUGAGAGAUCACUUGAAAGAUCUAUGUAUCUUGAACUUGCUUUGGCUGCUAUGGAUGAAUUGGUUAAAAUGGCACAAACUGAUGAGCCACUUUGGUUCAGGAGCAUUGAAGGUGGUAGAGAAAUACUGAACCAUGAAGAGUACAUAAGGACAUUUACUCCUUGCAUUGGUAUGAGACCAAACAGUUUUGUUUCUGAGGCUUCCAGGGAGACAGGCAUGGUUAUUAUCAAUAGUUUGGCUCUUGUUGAGACAUUAAUGGACUCCAACAAAUGGGCAGAAAUGUUUCCAUGCUUGAUUGCUAGAACCUCAACAACAGAUGUUAUAUCAAGUGGUAUGGGUGGAACCAGAAAUGGUGCACUUCAGCUGAUGCAUGCAGAGCUCCAAGUGCUUUCACCUUUAGUACCAAUAAGAGAGGUCAAUUUCCUGCGUUUCUGCAAGCAACAUGCUGAAGGUGUUUGGGCUGUCGUUGAUGUGUCUAUUGAUACCAUCCGUGAAACUUCUGGUGCACCGACAUUUCCAAACUCUAGAAGGCUUCCUUCUGGCUGUGUUGUCCAAGAUAUGCCCAAUGGCUAUAGUAAAGUUACAUGGGUAGAACAUGCCGAAUAUGAAGAGGGCGUGAAUCACCAUCUUUACCGGCAGUUGAUCAGCGCUGGCAUGGGCUUUGGUGCACAAAGAUGGGUGGCCACUCUCCAACGCCAAUGCGAAUGCCUCGCAAUCCUCAUGUCAUCCACCGUGUCUUCCAGGGAUCACACAGCAAUAACUCCAAGUGGAAGAAGGAGCAUGUUGAAGCUAGCACAACGCAUGACAAACAACUUUUGUGCUGGUGUUUGUGCUUCAACGGUACACAAGUGGAACAAACUUUGUGCAGGUAAUGUGGAUGAAAAUGUCCGUGUUAUGACCCGAAAGAGUGUCGAUGACCCCGGUGAACCACCGGGCAUUGUCCUAAGCGCUGCUACUUCCGUUUGGCUGCCCGUUUCGCCACAGAGACUCUUUGAUUUCCUCCGCGACGAACGUCUCCGUAGCGAAUGGGAUAUCCUAUCCAAUGGUGGACCUAUGCAAGAAAUGGCUCAUAUUGCUAAAGGCCAAGACCAUGGCAACUGCGUAUCCCUUCUCCGUGCUAGUGCAAUGAACGCGAAUCAGAGUAGCAUGUUGAUACUUCAGGAGACAUGCAUAGACGCGGCUGGGGCGCUUGUUGUUUACGCGCCAGUUGAUAUCCCGGCAAUGCAUGUUGUGAUGAACGGCGGAGAUUCUGCUUACGUGGCUCUGCUUCCAUCUGGAUUCUCCAUUGUACCCGAUGGCCCAGGAUCUCGUGGGUCAAGUAAUGCAAAUUGUGGGUCCAAUGGGCCAUCAUCUAAUGGGGGCCCAGAUCAAAGGAUUAGUGGAUCACUCUUGACUGUAGCCUUCCAAAUUUUGGUGAAUAGCCUCCCUACAGCCAAGCUCACAGUUGAAUCAGUGGAAACAGUCAAUAAUCUUAUAUCCUGCACAGUUCAGAAGAUUAAAGCUGCCCUUCAUUGUGAAAGCUAAAUUGGAAAAUAUUUGGGAGAAGGAUGCCACCUUUUCUUUUUUAAAAUUUUUUUGUUUUAUAAUAUAUAGCUUAACUAGUAAAAAAAAAUUAAAAAAAAAAAAAAAAAGUGCUAUCGUGUCGAGUUGACUAGGGGGUUGAGUCAAGAACGAACCGUGCUGAAAAGACCGUUGCUAGGUGGUAAGGGCCGGCUCAACUAGCCUGAGGUUGUAAAUUUGGCUCUUAACACAAAGCAAAGGUGGUGGUUCGGGUAUUGACUCAGGAACUUAUAGUUGGUUCAAGCGAUAAGGUGAAAUCAGCUCAAGGGUUGAGUAUGAUUUCAAAAUAUGGAAAUUUCAUUUUGGGAAAUUUGUGUGACAAGAGAGUCAAUUUCAGCAGCUAUGGUUUAUUUUGAUGAAUUUAUAGUUGAGUGUCAUAAUGGCUCAUUUGUUUGGUCUGGUGGGGGACUAAUCAACUAUUGUAAGUUAUCUUAAUUGACUGCUUUAAUUUGAUUGUCUUUUUCUUGUUUAUUUCUUUGCUAAUAUGGUCUAGGUUCACAUUUGAUCACAAGUGAAAUUGUGUUUUCUUUACCUUUUUAAAUUGAAAGUUGUAAUAUGUAUAUCUUUCUGAUAAUAAGUUCAAUCUUUACUUGGAA